UCCCCCCUCUCCGGCUUUUAACGUGGGUUUAAGGGGAUUAAAUCUGAUGCAAUCUGGGGGCUAAGAAUAGCCGUGUCCACGUUCCCUUGCAUGUGCGGAGCGCUCCGAGGGGACACGGGCGGCGGGACAGCCGGCGCUCCCCGCGCUGCGAUGUGCAGGGAUGCGCUGGUUCCCGGGAGCCGGGGAGAGGCUGGGCAGCCGGAGCUCGGGAUGGAAUUGGUCUUGAAGUGUGGGGUGAAGGUUUCUCUUCACGGUGCAUGGACGGAAAGCCAAUGCGCAGGUGUACCAGCACUCGGCCAGGAGAGACCGGAAUGGACGUGACCAGCCGCUGCACCCUCGGAGAUCCCAACAAGCUGCCCGAGGGGGUGCCGCAGCCCGCGCGCAUGCCCUACAUCUCCGACAAGCACCCCCGGCAGACCCUGGAGGUCAUCAACCUGCUGCGGAAGCACCGGGAACUCUGCGAUGUGGUGCUGGUAGUGGGGGCCAAGAAGAUCUACGCCCACAGGGUGAUCCUGUCGGCCUGCAGCCCCUAUUUCCGAGCCAUGUUCACCGGGGAGCUGGCGGAGUCGCGGCAGACGGAGGUGGUGAUCAGGGACAUCGAUGAGCGGGCCAUGGAGCUGCUCAUCGACUUUGCCUACACCUCGCAGAUCACUGUGGAAGAGGGGAAUGUCCAGACCCUGCUGCCGGCUGCUUGCCUUCUCCAGCUGGCCGAGAUCCAGGAGGCCUGCUGCGAGUUCCUCAAGAGACAGUUGGACCCUUCCAAUUGCCUGGGCAUCCGGGCUUUUGCUGACACUCACUCGUGCCGUGAACUGCUGAGGAUUGCYGACAAAUUCACACAGCACAACUUCCAGGAGGUGAUGGAGAGUGAGGAGUUCAUGCUGCUUCCUGCCAACCAGCUGAUAGACAUCAUAUCCAGUGACGAGUUAAACGUGCGCAGCGAGGAGCAGGUGUUCAACGCUGUGAUGGCCUGGGUGAAGUACAGCAUUCAGGAGAGGAGACCCCAGCUGCCACAGGUCCUGCAGCACGUUCGCCUCCCCCUGCUGAGUCCCAAGUUCCUUGUGGGUACAGUSGGUUCUGAUCCACUCAUUAAGAGCGAUGAGGAGUGCAGGGAUCUGGUGGAYGAAGCCAAAAACUACCUGCUGCUGCCCCAAGAGCGGCCGCUGAUGCAGGGACCGCGAACGAGGCCGCGCAAGCCCAUCCGCUGCGGAGAGGUGCUCUUUGCAGUGGGAGGCUGGUGCAGCGGGGAUGCAAUUUCCAGCGUGGAGCGCUACGAUCCCCAGACCAACGAGUGGAGGAUGGUGGCUUCCAUGAGCAAGAGGCGCUGUGGUGUCGGGGUCAGCGUCCUGGAUGACCUCCUGUAUGCUGUGGGAGGCCAUGAUGGCUCCUCUUAUCUUAACAGUGUGGAAAGGUAUGAUCCAAAGACCAACCAAUGGAGCAGUGAUGUGGCUCCCACCAGCACCUGCAGGACSAGUGUUGGAGUAGCAGUUCUUGGAGGUUACCUCUAUGCUGUGGGUGGCCAGGAUGGUGUCUCGUGUCUCAACAUUGUGGAAAGGUAUGAUCCCAAAGAAAACAAAUGGACUCGAGUGGCCUCCAUGAGCACCAGGCGCCUGGGAGUGGCAGUGGCAGUGCUGGGAGGCUUCCUCUAUGCUGUGGGAGGUUCUGAUGGAACAUCCCCUCUCAAUACUGUGGAACGCUACAACCCCCAGGAGAACCGCUGGCACACGAUUGCCCCCAUGGGCACGAGGAGGAAGCACCUGGGCUGUGCCGUGUACCAGGACAUGAUCUACGCCGUGGGAGGCAGGGAUGACACCACGGAGCUCAGCAGCGCCGAGAGGUACAACCCACGCACCAACCAGUGGUCUCCCGUGGUGGCCAUGACGUCCCGGCGGAGCGGAGUUGGCCUGGCUGUGGUGAAUGGACAGCUGAUGGCAGUGGGGGGAUUUGAUGGCACAACGUACCUGAAGACCAUCGAGGUGUUCGAUCCAGAUGCCAACACGUGGAGGUUGUACGGUGGGAUGAACUACAGGCGGCUGGGCGGAGGCGUGGGAGUUAUCAAAAUGACACACUGUGAAUCCCAUAUAUGCUCUAGUAUGCACGGUCUAGAUCCGAUGUAACUCUUUACCGGUGAACUGUUUCUACGGAAUUAUAAAAAUGAAUUAUGUGAGAGUGUGCCCAGCGGGAGACCACGUUGUCAGGCUCCAGGGAACCACUGGACAAAAGUAGAAGUAUUGCUUAUGUCCGUAUUUUUUCUAAAUAGUUCUACAUUUUUUGAAUAAACCAAACUGUAACAGUUAUUGUAGCGUAAAGGAUGCUGAUGUAGAGCCUACACUCUGUACUGGGAGUCUGGCCAGGAGGAGGGAUUCCUGCUUUCUCUCCUGCUGUGGGAGCAGUGGAUGUGGCAGCUGUUUGGUGGGCGAAAAAGUGAUACAGAAAACAUUGCUUUUGCCUUAUUUACAGAGAGCUUCAAAAAAAAAAGUACUUGACCUGCAAGGUGCCACCUUUGCACAGAAGCUUUUCUGUGCGCAGAGUAUAUUUAUUUUUUCAUUUGAUUUGUAUCAUGUAUUUCCUUUGUAUCGCUCACAGCGAUGAUUCCAGCUUUUUAUAUACAUCUCUCUGUGUGCAUAUAUAUAUGUAUUUUAUACAUAUAUAUGUAUUUGUGUGAUUUGCAUUUUGACCAGCUGGUGGUUUGGGCAGGGUUGUGUCCUGCCAGCUGUUGURGUUCCAACCCUUGUGGUAUCAUUUGGAGUCUCUUAGAGGACAGGAGAGCUGUGAGGAUCUUUGCAGAACUGGAACUCUAAACUCUCGACUGAAUCAGUGAAGUGCCCAAAAAGGGUGAGAGAAAAAGGAUUUCAAACAAUGCCUUUUUACUGUACAAAAGUCCAGCUUCUGUCUCUCCUCUCCCCUGUACAUAAACUGGUGCUGGUUUGAAGGUAAACCAGCAGGAGGAAUUAACCCCCACACAAACACCUUAUGAGAGAUUUCAACUCGGAGUUAGAAUUUAAUAGGAGGAUUACAAUAAAGGCAAUUAAUACAGAAAGACUGGUUUAAAACCAACAGAGUACAACCUGACACCCUGUUGGUCAGGGUGGUGGCUGCAGUCCYGYUGRAGUGGUGGAUGUGGUCCUGUGGGAAGGUCUGGUCCUUCUCUGGAUGUCCAGUGGUGUGGUGGUUGUGUCCAGGUCCCCAAGCCCCUAGAUUCUACACCCUCAAAAUCCAGGAAUUCCAGGCAGGAAUGUUCAGUCCCUCCCCCAGAGUGGGGAAUUUCCCAAUGGAAUGGUGUAAUCCACCAUAGGAUGGUGUAUCCACCAAUGGAAUGGUGUAAUCCUCUGAGUCAUAGGAUAUUUGGGGGAGUCCUUGAUGGCCCCUUGGCAGAGAUGACCCCCUUUAGGCUGGGUGUAGUUGUCAGGUGAAGACAGAGAACGCUGCACCCAGCUCACAGCUGUUAGAAACAGCCCACCAUUGACAGAUUGCAUCAGGAAUAAUGCAGAUGGGUAUGAAAUACAUAAUUUGGCUCCAUCCAAACUGGUACUCUUUCUCCUAUAAUCAUGACAUUAUUCACCACUUAUUCUACAGCAUCUACAUCAUGCCCAAAUUAACAUAUUUAUUUAUACACAUAUGUGUAUACAGUGAAACAUUACAGACUGUUCUCACCCAGAAUUAGGUCUCCUUGAGGUUCACAAUGGGUUUCCCCAUCUUUCUGCAUCACCCACCAAGUGUACCCAGAUCCUUGAGCAAAAUGAUCCCASAGAUGGGUUUGCUUUUGCCUGAGGUGGAUUAAUCCAAACAGCCUUUCCUAACAUACCUCUCAUAUGUGCCGCAAGGAUUGUACCUACACCUGCAAAUAUGCAAGGGUUUAGACUGAGCAGGACCAGGUUGAUUCAAGGACCACCUUGAAGCCUCAGGUGUUGACCAUCCACGUGGCCUUUGGUAAAUGCAGCUCCCAAUUUUUGAAGGUCCCCCUGCCCAGUGCCUUCAGGGYGGUUUUAAGCAGUCCAUUGCACUGUUCAACGUUCCCAGCAGCUGGUGCAUGAUAAGGAGUAUUGUACGCGCACACUAAACCGUGUGCUGUGGCCCGGUGUCUAUGAGGCUGAUUYUGAAACAAAUCCCGUUGUCCAACUCAGUUCUUUUAGGGGUGCCAUGGCUCCACAGGUCUUGCUUUUCCAGGCCCAGGAUGGAGUUCCGAGCAGUAGUGCGAGGCAUAGGGUACGUCCCCAACCAUCCAGUGGUUGCCUCUACCAYGAUCAGCACGUAGCGCUUGCCUUGGCUGGUUUGGGGGAAGGUGAUGGAACUGAUCUGCUGGGUCUCCCCAUACUGACAUUUGGACUAUUGUCCACUGAACCACAGAGGCUUCACCCUCUUGGCCUGCUUGAUUGCAGCACACCUCUUGUAGUCAUGGAUGACCUGUGAGAUACUGUCCAUGGUUAAGUCCACCCCUCGGUCAUGAGCCCAUCGGUACAUUGCAUCUCUUCCCUGAUGACCAGAGGMAUCGUGGGCUCAACGAAGUAGAAAUAAUUCUCCCUUGUGCAGCCAGUCCAGAUCCAGCUGUGAUACUGUAACCUUGGCAGCUCGAUCCACCUGCUUGUUGCGCUGUUCUUCAUUGGCCUGACUCUUAGGUGUGUGUGUGUCUAUGUGAUGGACCUUUGUGGUCAGCUUCUCUACCCAGGCAGCGAUGUYUUGCCAUAUCUCCGUGGCCCACAUGUGUUUCCCUCUGUGCUGGGAGUUGGUCUUUCUCCAACAAUCCAGCCAU